GUAGUAGUAGUAGUAGUAGUAGUAGUAAUAUUAGUAUUAUUAGUACAGCUGACUGACUAAAUAUUUUCUGAAAGUUUCCAUAAAAUCCGUUCAGGACAUAUUUGACUAACAGGUUCGGUUCGGUCCGGUCCAGCAGAGUCCGGUCCGGUUGUUGCUGAGCCUCAGGACUCGUGCAGACAGGGAGGCGGCAGGCAGACGGACUACCAUGAUCCCAGUUCGGGGGGAGGACGAACCGAGACCAGAUCAUCUCCAGUCGGAAGCGAGCUCCAGCCCGGUCCUCCCCCCCGGUCCUCCUCGCCCCUCUCAGCCGCCUCCGGCGCCAUGACAGCCGGGGAGUUCGUGCAGAGCGGCCCGCUGCUGGAGCUGCGCUCCGAGCAGAACCUGUUCUACAAGACUCUGUGCUUCGUGCUGCUCGUGCUGCAGGGCGCCGUGCUGGACUUCUACCUGAUCGUCUUCACCGACCUGUACUGGUGCUCGUGGAUCGCCACGGACCUGGUGGUGGUCUCCGGGUGGGCCGGGUUCUUCCUGAAGAACUCCCGGAGCCGGCGGGAGCGGGCCUGCGGCUUCCACCAGAAGAGCUCGAUGCUGGGCUGCAGCCUGGGGGAGUUCUCCUACUCCUACCUGGCCUGGCUCAUCUACGUCAUCGCCUGCACCCCCAAGGUGGUCCUGAUCCUGGAGACCAACAUCCUGGACCUGGUGGCGCUGAAGGUCCCGCUGGGCCUGACGGGGCUGAAGGUGACGGUGCUGCUGUCCGGCCCGCUGCUCUUCUGCCUCAUCAACUCCAUCGUGGUGGACCUGAACGGACCGAGCCGGCACCGAGCCCACAGCUGCUUCCUCAGCACGUGCCUGGACCUGCUGGACGGGUUCAGCCUGCUGGAGCUGGUCCUGGCGGGCCAGGUCCAGUCCGUGUACCUGAAGUACACGGUUCUGUCGGUGUACUUCGUGGCCCUGGCGGUCCCGGUGGUCUGGCUCUACGAGCUGACCGCGGCCGAGCUGCGCUGCCGCUGGCUCUGGGCCCGCUUCGGAACCGGCCUGCUGGUCAACUGGCCCCUGCUGGUGGUCCGGUUCUUCCAGGUCCUGGUCUACAAGCAGCCCGUGUCCGUGUUCCUGUUUAAGAACGUCUUCUUCCUGCUGACGGGCCUCCUGGACCUGCUGGAGCGCUGCUCCGCGCUCCGCCGCCUCCACAGGCGGGCCCGAACCGAGCCGGCCCAGUUCUCCCACUGCGUGUCCGAGAACGACAUGUGUCCGCACGGGUACGUCAACACGCUGGCUGUCAGCCAGUCCUAGACCCGGAGCCGAACCGAGGAGCUGGMCCAAUCAUGUCCGAACCGAACCGAACCUUUUGGACCUGAACGAAGAGUUCAGUUCUGCUCUGUAGAACCAAACCAUCAUGUUGGGUUUUUUGUGGCUGCCAUUCUGGACCCGAGACCUGAUCAGAACCUGAGUUUCAUCCACAACAAGCAGUGGUUCUGAUGAUCCGACACCUGUUCUGAUGGAAGGCUGCGGGACUAAAGAGGUCCAGGAAGACUUUCUGGUUCUGGUUUGGUCCACGUGGUGUUCUGGCUCCAAGCCAGGUCUGUGUUGGGUGACCUUUGACCCCUGAAGCUGCAAACAUCCAGGAAGGUGAAGGUUCUGACCCGACCCGAUGAACGUGGACCAUCACACCUGCCUGUCGGACCUGUUGGACCUGUUGGACCCUGGACCCGGCUCUACACACCUGGCUGUCGGACCAGUUGGACCAGUUGGACCCUGGACCCGGCUCUACACACCUGGCUGUCGGACCAGUUGGACCAUGGACCCG